UGCUGGGUAGUGCGUCCCUUCCUAAUUAUUCAUGAAGCACUCCUGUUGCACCCUUUUGUCACCACCGACCUCUUUCACUGGCACCUCCGCCGGCACCGAAGGGCGGGAACGAACUAUAAAUACCAGAGGGGAGUUGUGGGGAAGACAGAAUGGAGCGUAUGUGUUCAAGUAAAGGGCCAUAAAGACAGGGUGUCUUGUCACAGCCACAGCAAACAACCGAGAAUAACUUCAGAGCGAUCGUAGCCCCUUUACGCCCACCAAGGAGGCUGCUGCUACCCCUUUUUUCUAAUAACAUCUGCACAAGCAACUUGUUUCUUUUUUCACAUUAGUUACUGUGGACUGCAGCGUGUAACAUCACCAUGUUCCAUACAACUGCAAAAACGGUGCAGGUCAGCAGCCUCUUCUGGGUGGGUUUCUUAUUUCCACUACUUUUUUUCUCUUUCGUUUCAGUCACUGUCUCAGUCAGUGUGGACCUGACAGAACUCAGAAACAAAGUUGCGAAAAUCAAAGUAAAUCCUAGAGGAAACCUGUGGGCUACAGGUCACUUUAUGGGUAAGAAGAGCCUUCUAGAGACACCACUUCUGGAUUCGCCUGACAGCACUAUGGAGAAUGAUAUCCACUUCUCCCUCAGCCCUGGCCUCAGCAUGGAAGACAUGAAACAGCUGCUGACGAGAGAGGUACUCAAAAUUGCAAUGCAGGCCCAGCAGAUGGAAACAAGCCAAGAAAAACUGGAGCCAGAUGAUCAGGGGACCAGAUUAUUAAUCAAGAUACUUCAAAGCUACAUUCAAAACAGCAGAAAGUGAGAACAGCCCUUUAAAGAGACAUAAGAAUCUGCUCUUCACAUAACCAGGAACUAUUGUAGGAAUUUCUGAAAGUGUUUCUAAUGUGAGGUUCUGGAGGAGGAUUUAAUUUGUAUAUUGUAAUGUAACUAGGCUACAUCACUUCUGUAUUCAUUUAUUUAUUUAUUUUUAUUGUUAAUGUAAUAUUGUUUAUAUUUAUCAAUAUAUUAAAAUGCAGCAUGUAUUAACUUCUAUAUUUUUCUGACCACUUUUACAUUGCUGCUGUUCUGAAAGAAAGUAUUGUGAAUAAAGGGAAUGACAUUCUUUGCAUCAA